AUGGACCCUGACAACCGACAAGAUGGUAGCUGCACGAUCACCUCUCCUGGUGGUGCAAAAACCGUUGCAAUCAUCGGUGCCGGCCUGAGUGGGCUAGUCUCGGCCGUGCAUUUGCUCCGCGCCGGCAUCAAGAUGACCAUCUUCGAACGAGCAAACCAUGUGGGCGGAGCCUGGAAAUAUAACCCACAACCAGAUCGGGAUCCACCGUUCCCUAGCGUUAGACCACCGACUCCGGACUGGGCUGAGAUGGAACGGCUACAGGGAGAAGAGCUAAGUGUCGAGGAGGCGGCGUUGCGGUUUGCUCCGCCGGGCCCGGUGUAUGCGAACAUGAAGAGCAGAGGCAACAAAGCGGCCAUGCGGACCUCUUUAGCGAAUUGGCCUGAGGGAAGCGGGGAUCCUCUAGACCAUAGCGAGGUGCUGGAGUAUCUCCAAGAUGUUGCUCUCACCCAUCAUGUGCAAGAUAGGAUUCACUUCCACACGCGGGUGGAAGCGGUGUCGAAGGAGGAAGGUACUGGUCACUGGCAAAUCCGGACUUCUAGGCUCGCUAUGACAACGACGAGCUACAAAGUGGAGAGGGAGACGUGGAGGUUCGAUGCUGUUGUCGUGGCUACAGGAAGAUACGGCGUCCCUCGCGUGCCUGAUGUGCCUGGACUAUCAACUUGGAAGCGCAUGUUCCCGGACCGGCUGAUUCACGCCAAACAGUACCGCACGCCAACAUCCUUCCGCGGCAAGAAAGUACUCAUCAUAGGAGCUUUUAUCUCCGCCCUCGAGAUAGCCAGGGAGUUGACCGACAACGGUGCUACGGUGUACCAGAGUGCGACCGAUACCAGGGUCGACUUCAGGGACAAAGCAGGUCAUGAAAAUGCCGUCAAAGUGGCCAUGGUAACUGAAUUCGUCGCAUUCCCGCAGAAUCGAGAAAAUCCUAGCUCUGGCACAAAGCCGCUCGAUGAUGACCGGCCUAUUCCAGGGCAGGUAGUUCUCCGAGACGGGCGAGUACUGAAUGAUAUCCACCAUGUCAUAAUAGCAACCGGCUACCUGACCACCUACCCUUUCCUUGGCCCUGUUCUGGAGCAACAAUUCACAUCACUCGAAGAGGCGGACGAAAAGGCUGUUACCACGGGCGAUGCUAGAACCGUGCAUAAUUUGCACGAGGAUAUCUUUUAUAUCCCCGACCCAACUCUGGCCUUUAUCGGUGUCACGCAAUUCGCCUCUACAUUCUCACUAUACGACUUCCAGGCCCAGGUCCUCGCGGCCGUGUUCGCGGGCCGUGUGCGGCUUCCCUCUGAGGCUUCAAUGAAGGCAGAGCAAAAGCACCGAAAGAGCCGGGUCCUGCCCGGAACUCUGCUGAACAGCAUAUUUCUCUUGGACGACGUUGUGAUCCGUAGGUUGUUGGAUUGGGUCAACAAGGAUUUGAAAGCGGGUGGGUUCAAGCCUCUCUCUGGGCCAGAUGCUGAAUGGUGGGAUGCUUUUAGAGAGCAGAGGGAGGGUUCUCGAUCACUAUUGGGCAUGCUGCAGGAUAAUUACUUGGCUCAAUAA